CCCAGACAGAGCCUCGCGGCAGCCGCAGCAACAGGCGGCGGGGCCGGGCUCGUGGGGCAGAGGCGGCGGUGGGGCGGGGAGCUCCAGGAGGAGCGACUCGGGGCCGGCCGCCGUCAGCAGGGAAGGAGAGCACCGCCGCCUCCUGCGCUCGACCGCCGCAGCCCUCCACCCGCCACCGCGCCCACCCUGCGCUGGACCCCGCGGGUGGCGGCGCGCGCAUCCUGCAGAGCCCCGGCCACGCCGAGCUGCCGCCAGACAUGACCGUGGUGCCCGGGGACCACCUGCUGGAGCCAGAGGUGGCGGGAGGCGGCGGCGGGGACCCGCCUCAGGGAGGCUGUGGCGGUGGCGGUGGCGGAGGCUGCGACCGCUACGAGCCACUGCCGCCCGCGCUGCCCGCAGCGGGCGAGCAGGAUUGCUGCGGGGAGCGUGUGGUCAUCAACAUCUCCGGGCUGCGCUUCGAAACGCAGCUCAAGACCCUCUGCCAGUUCCCCGAGACUCUGCUGGGCGACCCCAAGCGGCGCAUGCGGUACUUCGACCCUCUCCGCAAUGAGUACUUCUUCGACCGCAACCGACCCAGCUUCGACGCCAUCCUCUACUACUACCAGUCCGGGGGCCGCAUUCGCCGGCCUGUCAACGUGCCCAUCGACAUCUUCUCCGAGGAGAUCCGCUUCUACCAGCUGGGUGAGGAGGCCAUGGAAAAGUUCCGUGAGGAUGAGGGUUUCCUGCGGGAGGAAGAGCGACCCCUGCCCCGCCGUGACUUCCAGCGCCAGGUGUGGCUGCUCUUUGAAUACCCCGAGAGCUCAGGGCCGGCCCGGGGCAUUGCCAUCGUGUCAGUGCUGGUCAUUCUUAUCUCCAUUGUCAUCUUCUGCUUGGAGACGCUACCCGAGUUUCGCGAUGAGAAAGACUAUCCCGCCUCCCCGUCGCAGGACGUGUUUGAGGCUGCCAACAACAGCACGUCGGGGGCCCCCUCUGGAGCCUCCAGCUUCUCAGACCCCUUCUUCGUGGUGGAGACCCUGUGCAUCAUCUGGUUCUCCUUUGAGCUGCUGGUGCGGUUCUUUGCUUGCCCCAGUAAAGCCACCUUCUCCAGAAACAUCAUGAACCUAAUAGACAUUGUGGCCAUCAUCCCUUAUUUUAUCACUCUGGGCACUGAACUAGCUGAGCGUCAGGGUAAUGGGCAGCAGGCCAUGUCCCUGGCCAUCCUAAGAGUCAUCCGCCUAGUAAGGGUCUUCCGCAUCUUCAAGCUCUCCCGCCAUUCUAAGGGGCUGCAGAUCCUGGGGCAGACACUGAAGGCUUCCAUGCGGGAACUGGGGCUGCUCAUCUUCUUCCUCUUCAUUGGAGUCAUCCUUUUCUCCAGUGCCGUCUACUUUGCUGAGGCAGAUGACCCUUCUUCGGGUUUUAACAGUAUCCCUGAUGCCUUCUGGUGGGCAGUGGUAACCAUGACAACUGUCGGUUAUGGUGAUAUGCACCCAGUGACCAUAGGAGGCAAGAUUGUGGGCUCGCUUUGUGCCAUCGCAGGUGUCUUGACCAUUGCAUUGCCGGUUCCUGUGAUUGUUUCCAACUUCAACUACUUCUACCACCGGGAGACAGAAGGGGAAGAGCAAGCCCAGUACAUGCACGUGGGAAGUUGUCAGCACCUCUCCUCUUCGGCCGAGGAGCUCCGAAAAGCCCGGAGUAACUCCACUCUGAGUAAGUCGGAGUAUAUGGUGAUCGAAGAGGGGGGUAUAAACCAUAGCGCCUUCCCGCAGACCCCCUUCAAAACGGGCAACUCUACUGCCACUUGCACCACGAACAAUAAUCCCAACUCCUGUGUCAACAUCAAAAAGAUAUUCACUGAUGUCUAAUAUAUGAUACGAUUGCCAUCCUGUGCCCAGUAUUGUGUGGACCAUACCCCCUUGGUCUGUGUAUGCCCUUGAUUUAUACAUUUCCAGACCAUUCAUCAACGAAGGUACAUGAAGAAGUGGAAAAGCACACUUCACUCUCCCUGUCCCCAUUGCUUCAUACUGAAACAGGUGCCUGUUUUUGCACGUGGGCUGCAUUCUCUCAGCUCUUUUUUUCUCUCUCCUUGUCUCUUAAUUUUUUGACCAACAAACUUAAGCUUGGUUUCUUGUGCAAGCUCUAAAGCUACAUCCUGAGAGGAAAUGAAACUGGAGUCAGAGUAACUGUUUAACCUCAAAAUCAAAAGAGAGUUGUUUCUUUACUAAGUAAAGGAGGCGGAACUUAAAUGAAGCUCCUGUUUGGUGGACUUUUCAAUAUUGUUUCCUGACUAGUUAGUGUAACGACCUAACCUGGAUAUGUGGGUGGAAAGUCUAACGAGAGCGUUGACAUGUAAGCCCACUAUAAAUUUAUUUUGUUUUUGACUGGUCUUUCAGUUUGAAUCUCUCCUCUAAGAAUUUCAGCUUCACAAUAACUUGGAACCAAAAGGGAAUUGGCCCAGGUGUUCUGAUCUGACUAUUAACUCUUCGAAGUUACAAAGCAUUUUGAAAACAUUAAACACAGAUCCCAAUGGAGUUGUGAGUGCAUGCCCCAGCCAAUAUCUACGAAAGCCUGGAAACUCAUUUUCAGUGCUGCCGGGAGAAACAACAGAAAUUCCUGUUGCAUCUGAGAGAUAAGCUUCUGCAGUAUCACAGGAAGAUUAAAGUGGCAGACACCCCUUCCAGCGGAAGUUACUAAUUCGGACCUGACUGAUGCAGUUCCCAUAGCAACCCGUGUUUCCUGGGAAACCCGAAAAAGGUUGUCAUGGCAUCUUUUGCUCUCUAGCCCCACCCCCACCCCAGGCCCUGCCGUUUCUACAGUAACCUUUCCAGAUGGUUCCUACUUACAUGAUUUCAUAAGAAAAAAACACUAUUUAAAUAAACCGCACAAAUUAAGUGUAAGACUAUAUAGAGGUGAAAUUAAUCACAAAAAUGCUUUUUUACAUUUUAUACAAAUCACUGAUGUUAUUCCAUAAUGACUGGAUCAAAAAGGAAAAUGUCAUCUUUGGAAUGUUACACGUAAAGGCAUGAUCUGAAUUAAAUGUUAGUCGUUUGGUAACAAUUUUUAAAGAUGCUUCUGUACAGCUCUUUCACUAAAGAAUGACAAGCCAACAGAUGGAAAGAAAAUAGCAAUAUGAACAUGGUCUGUACAUAAGCAAGUGAGAGUCAGUGUACCCGAAGUCUACUACAAGAUACCUUCAGAUUUCCUCAAUUAAAAAGAAAAACAUCCAGAUCCCACAAAAGGACUGUCACCACCACAGGACUGGAAAAGCAAAAUCAAUCUCAGAUAUAUGGGGGAUGCACAAUUUAAUGAGUGGAUUACAGUCAAUGAAAAGGAGGAUCAGGAAAUAAUCGGACUUGAAAGAACACCUGCAAAUUUCAGCCACAUGCUGAGAGCUGCCAGCAGACAGACAGAAUCAGGUCCCUCAAGAGCCCCACAUAAGGACUGCAGCGUGACCCUGACCAGAGGAUGCUCAGUUUCCGGCUGCUUGGAUGAGAGUGCAGGGCAGUUACAUACUUCCAGCUCAGUUAACAUUCAAAGAUACAUCUCCAACCGAUGCUUCACAUGAAGGGAAGAGCUCAAAGAUGCAGGGUACUCUUCAUGUUAUGAGUGAUACAAAUGAAAUUGAGCAGAAGAUAAAGAGGAACAUUAAAAAUUAAAAGAAUAUAAAAAUGUUAAGGUAUCAUGUCAACCUAUCGCUAUUCUGGUAGUGUCAAAUCGUCCAAAAACAAUAAUCAGUGUCAGAAAUAAAGAUAGCCUAGUGUGUGUUUCUAGCAAGCCAAUUGUUAUAUUAUUUUUUCAUUUACAUACUAAACUGUAUUUAAUUGUGGACUAUGUUUCUAUAGUCUAUGUUCUGGAUUAUAUUUAACUUUAUCUGUGAGGGUGUGAUUAUACCAAAGGCUUCCAUUGGUAGAUUAGCCCAUUCACACAAAUAAGUGAAGUCAACACUGUGCCCAGAUGAAUGGUAUUAAAAAUAGACUUGCCUAAAAGAAAUGUGCCUUGCUUGAUGAAACAUUCGUUUAUUUUUUAAUUCAAAAUGAUAGAUUUACAAAUUAGAUUUUAGGUAGGUUUUAGUUGACCUUAAUUUUACAAGAAUAUAUUAGUACUUAUUCUAUGUUUAAGUUGUCUGUGUUACCUAAAUUUUAAUAUUUAGUUAUAUCUACACAGUUCCUAUAUAUUAAAUUCUAUUUUAUUUUAACAGGAUGUUUGGUAUGGUGAGACAAAGUACAUUCUUAAAGAUAUAUAAUAUCUCAUUUGAUGUUUAUAACUUUUCCUUCAAAAUUAUAUGUAUAAAAGAUUCUUUGACUCAUUUUCUAUUUUUAUAUUCUUUUAGAAAUGGAACUCUUUUUCGAUGUAAAAAAAAAAAACGGCAAAUUUUUAAUUGGAAAAGAGACUUGGGAAGUCAUGAAGAUGGCUUCCCAUUUGGGAACAUUUAACUUUUGUGCCAUUAUUGUAUUUACUGUGACAUCUCAGCAGAAUGGUAGCUAUUUGUAUGUUAUUUCAUAAGCCUUAUGGAAAGUCAAACUGUGAACAUUUAAUAUUUACACUACUUUACUCAUUUCCAUAGUUUAUUAUUGAAAUAUUCCUGAAUAAGUGGAUGAAGAGUAAUGAGUACUUUUAGAAGCUUAACUACUAUAAAAAAAUAUGGCAGUCUCAAGGCUAGGAUUAUAAGUUUUAUAAUGACCUACAAAAAAAAACAAUGUUGAAUUUCAUUAUCUACAAGACUCUAAACACCCAUUCAUACAGUAACUCACAAAUAGGCAGAAAUACAAUCCAGGUAACUUUCUUUGAGGCAAUGUCUAAAAUAAUUUUUAAUAAUUUCCUGGUGAUUUCUUCAUGCUCAAAACUUCAGGCCGUAUCACUGUACUUUUAGUGAAGAUAAUUGGAUAGCACCUAUCUUUGAUUUGAGUGGCAUGAGCCUCCAAUCUAGAUAGAUUAAGUGAUUAAUCCCUUAAAGUGAGGAGACAACCACAACCUUGUUUUUGUUAGUAUUCACAGUGUAGUAGAGAUACUAGCAUGGGGAAUAGUCAGCCCUUUGCAAUCACCCGACUCCUCAUAACUAAUGGUCAUAGCCUGGUUGGCAAGAAAGCAAUCCUGGUAGAUGGAAAAAAACAGGGGUUCUUAAACUUUCAGAUGUUUUUUUUUGUAAGGAUCAGUAGGUGUUGCAAAGUUAUGCAAGAACUACCUUCACACAAUGACACAACUUUAAGCAAUGUCAUAUAUGUAAUAGUAGAUCUGUUUUAUUAUUAUAGGCUACAGUUUCAAAUAAAGACAAAACCUGGACUUUUACCCACAUACACCAAAGAAAAGCACAGACCAGUAUCAGAUACAUAACAUACCAAAACAUUUACACAAGGAGUAUUAAAAAAAAAAUAGCAUGGACUUAGGUUACAGGAUCCUGGCAUUCUUACCCACUGCCUACCUCUAGGACCCCAGAUAAGUCAUUACUAUUGCUAGGCUUUAGUUUCUUGGAUUUCAGAGUGUGUGCACCAGGUUCAGCAAACUCAAAAGCCCUUUCCAGUUACCAAAUCCUAUUAUACACAUUUCUUUUAAAAUGCUUUGAAGAAUACUUACAUAGGAAUUUUUGAUACAUUUCUAAAGAAUAAAUUGAAAUGAGAUUUAAGCCUUGAAAGUGUAUGAAUAUGUACUAUUCUUCAAAUUGUGAGAAGAGGAAAUAGGAUUCCUUCUCCUCUAAGAUUUUUGACUCAGCUCUAAUAGGAUCAUGAAGGAAAAAAAAAAAAAAAAAAAAAAAAAAACCGAAGCUGAGGAUCUGUCUGCAGAAGGGAAACGGAUUAGUUAAAUAGCUAACAAGGUGGGGCAGAUAUUGGUGACAUUAAUUGGAUGUUAAGGUGAUUUGCAAAAGUGUGCAUCAAAUGCUGAAAUGGUUCCAGAACUUUAUUACACAUCAUGAGACUAAAAGUAGGAAAGGGUGGGAAACACCAGAGAAUGGAAGUGUUUGCCUUAUGGUCUCUUUAUUCUUUUUACACAUGGGAACAUAGGCAGCACUGGAUCCGCCAAUCAUCCGUUUGUCUCGGGAAAGUCCCCUUAACUUCGCAGAACUCCCAUUUCUUAAUCUUUAAAGGGAACAGUUUAAAUUAGAAUUUGAUAGUCUGUAUCUUUAUUUUCAUAUUUUAAUAUUUUGUGGCAUUUCAGAUUCUUAAAAUACAGCCAUCCAGACAUAUAUGUGUUGAUCCGCCCAUCAGUCACGAGGGUACCAUAUAGUUCAAAAGUAACUGAAUCGAUUACAAACUCAAACAUUUAUUUUUUUAAUACUGAUAUUUGACCUCAACAAGAUCUAAAAUACUUCAACCUCAUUUUCAUUUCGAUAUGGACGAAUUAUUAAAAUUAGUCAUUUUAUCUGUUAAUGCUGAGUUCUUUCAACAAAUAAAUGUCUUCUCAAGUUACUCUGCACAACUUUUUGUAAUUUAAUAAUCAUAUUGUGCGUACCAAUGAACUAUAGCUGACUGUUAGGGUACAAUUCUGUCACACUUGAAAGUUAAUGCCCUUUUAGUCACAGAAGCUGUAACCAUAAUACAAAAGAAUAUUCAUAAGAUUUUGUGAAUUUUUUAAUACAAAAGAGGCCUGAUAGAGCCGUAUUGUAAUUGUCUUGCUCAGGAGUGAGAAAACAAUUCAGGGAUAACCCAAACACUUCUGUUUGGCAUUAGUGGACAAAUGGAGAAAGAAGGGUUGUAUGUUUUGCACAACAAGGAUAACAGGUGACAAUACCCAUGAAAAUGGAAGUAUUUUUGGUGGCUCGUUUUAAUAUAGGAAGAGAUAGAAGAAUGCCAGAAUUCAGACACUAGAAAAAGUAUUAAAGUGGUAGCAGUCCAUUGAAUAACACAGAAAUAUUUUGUCAUACUGAGAUUAUUUGUCCAGAAAGUUAGUCUCAUAUCCCUUCCAUUCAGAAAAGGGGCCAAGUUUCAAAAUGCCUCUGUCAUAAUAAGGAAAUGUAUAUUUUGACUAGUGAAGCAAUUAGCUAAAGCAUUUAACCUGAUAUUUUAGUUCUGUGAAUCUGAAUUUUCAUCUUAGGUAUAACUUAGUCUCUUGCAUAUGUGAUAGUGUCUGUGAUCAUGAGAAAUUGUUUCAUCAAUGUUUUUUCAAGUUAAAAAAUGUGCUAAGUGGUGGAUUCCAGCAUACUGCAUUAAUACUGUAUCUGACGACCAUCUAUGAACUAACCACACUAAACAACCCAUAGUGUUUCUCUUCUGGUAAAUUGUUUCUAUGGUGUGAUCGUUUCAUGCUAGGGGGUGGGGGUGGGGGAGGUUAAGUAUUUAGUUUACUUAAAAUGUCAAAGUGUUUUUUAAAUGCCAUACAGUUGUGUAACAAUAAACCAAAUAGAAAAUCCUCUUUUUUCAACUGUGAGAGAACUGUGUAGACUACUUUGGGGACUACCCCAUAAAUGCUGUCAUUUGUGUUUUUAAAAAGCUUAUAUAUUAUAUAUACACAUAUAUAUAUAUAUAUAUACACCAUACAAUAUAUACCACAUACAAAGGAAAGCAAACAGUGCAUGUAGUAUUUCUUGGAGUCUACAUGUGUUUAUUUACAUAGACUACUUAUACAUUGCAAAGAUCAUCAACAUAUUCUAUACAAUUUCUAAAACACUGUUCACAUGAUAACUAAUAUCAUCUAAAGUUAAGAUAUUGAAUAACCAAGGUUUUGAGGAAUCAAGUGACUUAUCUUAACUCAUGUGCCCAUAGUGGCUCUAAAUGUCACUCUCUUCACCCUUGUCACCCUGGCAUGUCGUGUGUACCCUGUCACUGUCAUUGUACUUCAGACUGAAACUUUAACAGAUGUGUUGAAAUUUUAAGGUUUUAGUGGAAAAGAGUCAUUGGGGUUAUGUUAGACCUUUUUAGAUAACUUCCAGACUGUAUCUACCUACAUGGAGUACCCAAAGGUACAUAUUAAGUCCCCCACACCCAAAUUGUACACCCCAUAUUCAUUUAAUGCCAUCAUGCUAAACAAAAAAAAAAAAAAGUUUCUUCAACUAUCUCUUUCACUUGCUUUUUAAAAAGCCUGUUGUAACAACUAGUUUCUGAACAGUCUUUUUAAAGCAACUAGAAAGCUUGCAGCCCUUCUGAUUCAGAGGGGGGGAAACUGGCCCCCACAGCAAUCUUUUUUUUAUAUGAGUGGGGGAAAGACAGAAAAGGGGGCUAGGAAAUGAGUGUAUUUUUUUAACUCUACAUUUCCAGUAACUAUAUGAAAAUACUGAAUGAUUAAGUCAUAGGUAGCACUAUUGUUAACAUUAGCCAGAGUUCAAAUCCUGAUAAGCUUUUCAAUAUUUAGUGAUGUACUUAAGGAUUUUCCCAGGUUAAAUUACAACCCAAUGACUUUCUCAGUUUGAAUAUGAAGAACGUUCGUGUUUUAAUCCAUGUCAGAUACUACAUUUUUUGUUCUCAAACAUCAGGUAGACACUAAUCUGCUUUCCCUUGUAAUUCAGCAAGAGUGUGUGAUGUGUUCUGUCCUCUGUAAUGCAUUGUUACUGUGAAUAUUUAAAAGGAACUUAUUAUACUGCUUAUUAUACUGGCAUUUAAUAUUUCCUGACUUUGACUUCAGUUUUCCUUAUCAAAUAGGUAAGUCAAGUAUUAUUUUGUAUAAAAAAUAAAGUAAUAAUUAUCCUUAAUAACAACAGGAUUCUAACCACGAUGUAAAAACCAAAAUGUGCAUUUUAUAUUUUUAUAAUCAUUUUCUUUUGCCAUUGGUUUAGAUCUACUUAGCACAUUGUAAUGUAAACUUAAAUUCUUAUACCAUGUUCUCUGCUUACUUUGAGGCCUUUUGUUGAGUGAAUACCAUGAGUUUGGAUGGUGUGAUGUUUUCUUACAGUCAACACAAGUCCAUUUGUCCUUGGGCUUGAAGUGUUUGUUGCAAAUGUUAUAAACAGAAUCCAAUAAAACACCUGGAAACAUCCUGUUGCAGUAAU